CAUGACAACCCUUUUUAUUGUAACUGAAUUUAUCUUCAUGACAAUUAUUGUCGUCGAAAAUGGUCUUGUUCUUAUAGCCUUUGUUAAGAAUAAGAAAUUAAGGUCAGUUCUUACACACUAUUAUCUCAUACAAUUGGCUUUGACAAAUUUAGCAACUGGUGCCUUCCUAAGUGUGCAUAUAGCUUCUCUAUGGCGUCCUGCGUGGUUUGAACCUAGAGUUGGUUGCGCAGUGAGAUACCUGGUAAUGGUUGUACCUUUUGCAAUGAGUAUGCAAACGUUGUUGGCUAUAACCUUUGACAGAUUCAUAGCAGUUGUUUUACCUUUCUUUUACCGAAGAAAUGUUUCUAGAAAGGGUAUAAUCGUACUCUGUACAAUUAUUAACGUAGGAUCCAUUCUACUAUUUGGAGUAUUACCAGUAUCCGUAUCUAAAAGUCGAGAUGGUAGGGAUGAUUAUGCAAAUACUAGCAAAUUGUCAUAA